AUGAGCUAUUACAUUUUUACUAAUUGCAUAGCGCAAGCCUAUCAGCUCGAGUGUCUUUCGGACCUCUUGUUUGUCAUAUUUACCCCAUUUGAAAAAAGUAGUACUGCAACCUUAUCAUGGUACCAUACUAUUGUACUUCUGGGCUUGGUUUUAAGUCCGCGACACCAAAGCGACAAUGGCGAGUAA